AUGAAGCGGAUGAAUCCACGCUGGAAGUCGACCCCCAUGUGGCCGUCGGGAGCGGGCAGCCGGCAGCCUUGCCCGCGGGAGUCGGCGCUGCGCAAGGCGGCCGUCAGCGGCAACGUCCUGGCCCUGCCGCCCCACCACGUCCCCAGCGGCCGGAGCGUCCGCGUCUUCAUCUGUGCCAACCCCGAUGACACGGAAGCAGAGAGGAAUGCACUGAAAGAACACGUUUACCCCAAACUACGGGAUUUCUGCAGGGAGAACUACGGCAUUGAAUUCCAGGUAGUGGACCUCUACUGGGGUGUGGACCCAGAAGAAUGGGACAGUCCGGAGCUUCAGCGGCUCAGGAUGAAGCUCCUGGAGGAGUGUCUGAAGACAUCGGCGGGGCCGUGCUUCGUUGGUUUAGUGGGAGAAAAGUACGGCAGCAUCCGAGUGCCGGGGGAAGUGGAAUCGGCAGAGUUUGAGAUGAUCUUGGAUGCUGCGGUGGAGGCCGGCCUGGACACACACAUCUUGGACGAGUGGUACUGCAGGGAUGAAAACUCUGUGCCGCCCGCAUACUACCUCAAACCCAAAGCCCAAAUGCUCAAGAACUACCAGAACUCGAUGGAGUCCAGCAGCGCCGCCAAAACCAAGCACGACAAGGCCUGGAGGAAAGUGUCGGAGGAGAUCAAGCGGAUUUUCCGUACGGCGGUUCUGCAGCUGCAAGAAAAGGGGACAAUGCCGAGUACUCAGGCCAAGAAAUUCCUUUGCUCUGCCCUGGAAGACGAGUUGGACUUUGCCCUCGGAAAACAAACUCCUGCCUUUCUCAGGAAAUGCGUUUGCUACAUUCGAAAGAUUUCGAAUUUCGAUCGCUUCGCAAAACUCCCAGAGAUGACCCGCUACAUGGACAUUGUGACCAGCGGCGACCGCGUCAUGCGCAACCAGGAAGCCUACGAGCGCCUACUAAAGGUUCGGGAUGAGUUCAUACCAACGGUGGUGGCCGCGUCCAACCUGCGUGUUUACUCCUCGGUCACGCACUGCGACAUGAAGCUCGGUUACUCCCAGGAAGUGGAGAGCCAUUACGUGGAGGGACUGUGUAAGCAGUUCUACGAGGACAUGGUGGAUAUAAUUCAGGCCACAGUCCAGCAGAACUUUGACACAGAGACUGAUCCGUUGUAUGAUGAGAUCUUGCAGCACCUCUCACUCUGUAAAGCCUACUCGGCAUUGCACGAGUACAAGACCGAAUCAUUGGAUUACGUGCAGGAGUACCUUCUACCAUCUAAGGGUAGUAGGAUGAGUCCACUUGUAGUACAGGGCGGACCCUGUACGGGGAAGACAUUGCUGCUUGCCGAAGUAGCCAAACAGGCCUACACGUGGCUGCAGAAAGAGAUGGGUCCAGAAACAGAUCCCGUGGUCAUUGUCCGUUUCAUCGGGUCUACUCAGCCCUCGGCGGACUUGCGCACCCUUCUCCAGAGCAUCUGUGAACAGAUUGCAAUAAACUACCGCUGCUUGAUUCACUUUUUGCCUAACAAGAUCCAGGAGAUGAGGGAGCUCCUACUCAACCUCCUAGGAGAAUCUUCCUUUCACAGGCCUUUGGUCAUCAUCCUGGAUGCCCUGGAGCAACUGUCGGAGGCCGAUGACGCUCGCAAGCUGUGGUGGCUACCCAUACAACUCCCUCGGACGGUCCGCGUUGUAGUCUCAACCUUGCCUAAUAAACACGGGAUCCUGCAGAAACUUCGACACGCCAUUCACGACGAGUACUAUUACGUGGAGUUAAUGCAAAGGGACCGCAAGGUCUGCAGUCAGACAUUAAAGCAGCAGUUACUUGGAGUGAAGAGAAAGGUCACCUCGGGCCAACAAAUCUAUGUCAACGAGGCUCUGGCUAAGUGUACAUUGCCAAUGUUUGUGAACCUAAUCUACAGAGAGGUAGUACACUGGAGGUCUCACAAAGAUGUGGAUGAAAAAUCCUUGUGCUCCACAGUACAUGAAAGCAUUGAACAGUUAUUCUACUCCGUAGAGAACAAGCUAGGCCAACGAUUUGUCUUUAGAGCAUUAGGGUAUAUCACCAUGGCCAAAGCAGGUUUAACUGAGGUUGAGCUGGAGGACAUUCUUUCCCUUGAUAACAUAGUUCUCGGGGACGUGAUCGUGGUUUCUUACUUAAAAAACCCCUUAAGGAUUUCUUGCGACUUGGUAGCAAGGCUUAAAGAAGAACUAGAGGGCUAUCUAGUGGAACGUCAGGUACGCAACGUCACCCUGAUGGUCUGGGCUAACAGACAUCUGCAUCUCAUUGCUCAGAAGCUGUACCUGAGCAACGAGGAAGACGUCCAUCAAAUGCACAGCCUUCUUGCAGAGUACUUUCUGGGAGCGUGGUCGGGCGGCAGAAAGAAAAUCUUUACCUACGACAACAAUCAUUUCACGUCCCAAAAUAUAUCCCACCACAAAAAUCCCCACCACCCGCAGUCCCACGAGAAAACAUCAUCUGACAAGUACUCGUACGACAGACAAACACCCGAGCAGCCUUGGGUUUUUCAGUGCAACCUCUUAGAGCCUGAUAUUUUCUUCGUCAACCACAGGAAGAUGACGGAGCUAGUUUACCACCUCACCAGAAGCGGCCGUACCGACGACCUCAUGUUCGGCGUCAUUAUGAAUUUCAGCUGGCUGUACACAAUGAUCAAGAUCGGACAGUUUGACAAGGCUUUAAAUGAUAUUGACUUGGCUUACAGCUACACCCAAGAAAAAGAACUCAAGUUUCUAUCCGCUACCCUCCGUAGCAUCAAGGUCAAAGUCUUAAAAAACCCAGCGUCACUUUCUGCAGAACUGCAGCAGAGGCUUUUGCCGGUUGUCACCUCCCUACCCAAGCUUCGACAUCUCCUCCUGGAGUGUGACAAGGACGGUCCCAAGUACUGCUCCAUCGUGCCUCUCCACUCUUCAAUGGAUGUGACUUACAGUCCGGAAAGACUUCCUUUGAGCUCAAGUUACAUGCAUAUUGUGGAGAUCUUGCCAACUCUCGCGCCAAACAUAGUCCUCGUAGCUCUCGAGGACGGAUCUGUCAGCACGUGGGACGUCGAGAGCAGACAACUGCUUCGGCAGAUCGACACGGCUAGAUCUGUUGUGCUGGGAAUCAGGUUAACCGCCGAUGAGAAAUAUUUAGUUGUGGCCACGACUAAAAACACGCUCCUUAUUUACGACAACCACAAAUCCUGCCUUUUAUCGGAAGUGGAAAUCAAGGGGUCCAAACAUGGUGGCAUUGCCGGCGGCGUGGCCUUUAUCAACGGCUUUACUUUGUCGACUCACCACGCGUUAGCUUGGCUUGAAGCUAGUAAAGAGGUCAAUGUCAUUGACUUGCUUUAUGGCUGGCCUCUCUAUCAGUUCCAUUGCUGGUACGAGGUGACUUGUGUCCAGUGCUCGCCAGAUGGAAUGUAUGCCUUCUGUGGGCAGUACCUCAACACUGCAACCAUCUUUCAUCUAGGAAACGGCGACAAGCUGGCCACGGUUACCUCUGAGUUUUCCGGGGGGUUCGUCAAGUCAAUUCUCGUCUUGGACACCAUCAACCAAAUGGUGAUGAUUGACAAUGAAGGGAGUCUGUCAGUUUGGAACACCAAAGAAAUCACCAACCCACGUCUGAUGGAGGAUUACGACUGCAGAGGAGAUGACAGCGAAGUGGUGAGCAUCGAGUUGUCCCAAGACCAGCGCUCGAUUCUACUCUGCAAGGCCAGGAGUAUCGAGGUCCUCGAUACAAAAGUAUGGAAAAUGGUGGAGAAGUUUAAAGCCAAACGUAGCGAACGUUUCGUAGCAGCUGUGCUUUCCAAGAACGGACAAAGUAUCGUAGCCUCGAUGGAGAACACCUCUUCCAUCUUUGUGUGGCGGAGGGACAGCGGGCAAUGUAUGGCAAGCCUGAUCGAGAUCUCGGGGGCCAUCGUCAAACUCAUCAAAUCGGUCCACCAUAACCUUCUCCUCUCUGUUGCCAGCAGUGGAGUGCUGUCAGUUUGGGACAUUGACAUCAUCACCGCUAUGUCCAAUAUAGACAAAACGGGCAAGAAGAUCCAGACGUUGCAGUUGUCCGGCAGAGAGGAUUACGUGUUCACCAUGGACGGUUCGGAAGCAGUCCACAAGUGGAACUUCAGCACUGGAUUUAUCGAAACGGUCUUCAAGCACGAAGGCGUAGUAGAGAACUGCGUGCUAACCUCUUCAGGGGAUCUCAUGGUAACUUCUGAUGACAAGUGCAGUCAGUACAUUUGGCAAACCAACUCCGGGGAGAACAUUUUUCGCAUCAACGGACAGAGAAUAUCCCAGCUUCUAAUCACCCACAACGACCAGUUUGUCGUUUCUCUCUGUGAGCAAAACGCCUCGAGAGUUUGGAGACUCGCGACAGGGCACAAAGUUUGCAACAUCUUGGUCACCCUCCAGAACGCGCUGAUCACCACAGCCAACACAUUUCUUGUAGGCACCUCCAAAAACAAGCUUCUGGCCGUCAGCUUGUGGUCGGGCAGCGUAUCCAAGAAGUUCGUGUGCGACGACGGCAUCGCCAUUGUUAACUUUAAACUCAUCCCCGACUGCCCCGACUGCGUGGUCUUCAUCACAUCCACGGAGACUGUCUUCAUCUGGAGCGUGGCCGACGAAGCCGUUUGCAGGCGCGUUCAGCUGCCCGCCAACUUCCUGAAGAACCUGGAGGACUUCCAAAUCUCGCCCAAUGGCAAGCAAGGAAUCGUGUCCAAAGGUGAUGAGAACAUUAACGUGCUAGACCUUCACAGCGGCAAGAUGAGGCUGGUCCACGCCGCCGGUAUAAUCUGGCGUCAGAAAUUAUCACGGGACGGCCGCUACUUGGUGUACGUCUGCUUCCGUAACUGCGACGAGGACGACGACGCCGGCGUGGUGUCCAACCUGAUCGUGAUGCGGCUCGCCGACGGGAAGAGCAUCGGCACCUGCUCCUUGUACAAGACCCCUACUUUCCUUUCGCUCUCCCAGAGAGCUCUGAACAUCAUCAUCGGCUUCGAGGACGGCAGCAUCGGCACGUACACCGUGGUGGACCGUGUGGACGCCGCGCUCAAGAUCAAAAUCGCCACGUCCAACAGCCGGCAGAUUGUUAACAACGCUUCCCAGAAGGUCCGUCCCAAGUGCGGCAAUCAUUCCUUCAAGACCAUCGCCGACUGCAUUUGGAGGGAAUCCACCGAGGUUUUCUCCAGGGACAGUCCGAUCAAUGUGUCCGACUCCGGUGAAGGUGAGUCUACUACUCCCACGAAAAAAUCCGAGCUGCUGCAGUGA